CACUAACGCACCAAAAUACAAAUUGUUUUGUUUGUUUGGUGCUAUAAACGUGAGUGGCCAAUGAAGCAUCUAUUGGAGGACCCGUUGGUCCUGGCCGGCCUGCAGCCGCUGCCGGAAAAGUCCGGUAUUGUGGAGGAUCGACAGGAGGCGGCCAGGAAUCCUGCAGCAAACUCGGCGCCCCUUGACGGAUUGCCCGAUUCUGGGGAGGAUUCGCAGCGUGAAGACACUCUCUGCAAGUUGGCCUGCAGCCUGCACAAGUUGUCCAAGGACGAUCACAUAGUCAUUGAUCGAAAGCGCAAUCAGGUGAUUCGCACGGAUGCAGUGACCCAGCAGAUGACCAUUUACCGCUGCCCGGACCCUAUUGGUAUGGGAAUUCGUCCGCCCACGGCAAAAAAUGUCCACAAUCCGCCGGCCAAAGUGGGAAGACCCCUGAAGAGGGCCAGCCCAGUGGUAAUCACAACUCCCGCGCCCAAAAAACAUUCGCCGGCGGAGGAGAAACCUGCCGCUCCUGAGCCACACCGCACUCGUUCCGGUCGCCAGGUGCGCGGUUCCAUGCCACAGCCCGCAGCCGUGAUUAGUGCUCCCAAUGUGGAGCCCAGUUCUGCUCAGAUGUUUGAGAUGCUGGUUGCAGAUUUGCGGGACAAGGACUACCGGGCACCCAUGCCCGAGCCAAAGACUAACGGCAGCAUCCAAGAACCUGUUACACCGCCCACACCACGAGCCGUGCCCAAGAAUGCCAUUUGUCCCGGAUGCGGGAAGAUAUUUCUGGGUCGCCGGCUGCAGCGUCACUAUGUCAAAUUCCCGGAGCACAUGCCGCGUCUUGGCGAGCAACCGCCAGCUGUUGCAGCAGGUGCGCCUCCUACCUCAACGCCUUCGCUUUUUGGCCUCCUAACCGCCCAAUUGCAGCGGCAUUCGCAUCUCAGCGAGGAGCAGCGCUCCGAUCUCUUCCUAAACGAACUGAACGACUUUGUGGAGCAGCUCCAGCUGCGUAGCCAGCGGCUAAUACGGAAUACCUCAGGUUUGCACUUCGUAAAUGCUCGGGUUGCACGAGUUUUGGGCAUACCCGAGGGUCAGUAUGCACUGGAUAUGUCUGCCAUGGAAUCGCCGCAGGCUCCCAUGCCAGAGCCAGAGGGUGGAGCUCUGGUUGCCGGUGGCGUCGGCGGUGGAGCCCGUAAUCUGGUGGUCUACGCCGAGUUGAGCAUGUCGCUGGACGAUCCGCUCACGGACGAGGCUGCGCAGCGACUGAAUCUGUCCGCGGGCGGGCAACUUCAUCCGCCAUCGGAGGAGAGCCUACUCAGGAAUGUCAGCGAUCUCAUGCAGCCGCCGGUGGCAGCUGCUCCUCCAACUGUAAAUCAUGGAUACGAUCAUGCGAGCGACAAUGCCGUGGAGGCCCUAACCAUGAAGGAAACGCCCAACGCGGAAGCAAUUCUAGAUCUCAACGUGGACUUCUUUCAGUUCAAUCCUAAUUAGCCAUGACAUUGCAUUUUUAGGGUUAGCCAAGCUCUGUGAAUGGUUGGUGUUAUUUAUAAUUUUGUUUUAAACUGAAAAAGAGAUUAUCAUAUGUAUGCAAACUGGAUUUUUACUUCCCAAACCUUAGAAUCAAUUAAAAAUAUAACAUUUUUAAUUUCUACAUUUUGAAACUUAAAAGAGAUACUAAAAUAUAAUUGGUUUUUUUUUUGAAAAAGCAUGAAAUUUUAAUACAACAUGCAGUGAUAUACAAAGAUAAAACAUUUUAAUUUUCUUAUAUGUAUAUAUAUAUUUCAGAAUGAAACUCAAUGAAAUUUAAAAUUUGCAUUAAAUUAAUUAACUUUUCGAAGAACAUGUAAAUGUACUAUGUAAAUAUACAAGUAAGUUGGAUAAUUUUAUAGUUUUUAAGCUUACUGAUGCUUAUGCUUAAUGAAUGAAAGUAAUUGAAGAUUUCAAAAUGUUAUUCGGUUUUUUUUAAAAUAUGAUUUGCAGAAUGAAUGUAAUCAGAAAUUUGAAUUAUAUUUCUUUUAUUGAAUGAAAUUUUGAAGAGGAUACAUAUGGUUUAUGUAAAUAUACAACUAAGAGACGAAUUAUUCUUAAGAUAUAUUUUGAAUUUUUUUUGAAGAUGGAAAUCAAAACUGUAUGAAACACUUGUAUGCCCACGUACCACGAAUGAAAAUGAAAAUAUCUGGCAAUAAAUCGGACCAAGCUAAUGGAUGAGUGGUCAAUAAUGCUUG